AUGUUGGAAACUAAUGUUGAUGCAAAACCUAGGAAAAUAUUCCACCACUCUAAACGUAGAUAUGUGGAAAUUCUUGAAUCGAAUGAUAUGAUGGAAAUCCAUUGGAAUCGCCAUUGCUCUAGACCCAAAACUCGAGCACGACUUAUACGGGAAGCGGUUAGGAAUGAUAAUAUGAAAAGGGAAGAUAAAGAUAAAUAUCUUGGAGUUUGUCCUAUUUCUAAGACAAUAGUAAGACCUUCAGAUCAGUAUGGGGUCAUUCGUCAUUAUUAUCCUUUUACACAAACUAUUAGAUAUACUGCUCAAUGGCUUAAUCUUAAGAAAGAGCAAUUACGCAAGAGAAUAUACUUGCAAUCUCAAUUUAUUGUAGCAUGA